GCCCGGCCAGCCCCGGGCCCCCACUUCUGCCUGCGCUGUGACCCCCCCAGCCGCCGGCACGGCCCCGCCCCCGCUGCCCCGGUGGUGGCCCACGGCCCCCCGGCUCCCCGUGGUCAAACUGGAGUCGCUGAAGCGCUGGAACGAAGAGAGGGGCCUCUGGUGCGAGAAGGGGGUGCAGGUGCUGCUGACCACGGUGGGCGCCUUCGCAGCCUUCGGCCUCAUGACCAUCGCCAUCAGCACCGACUACUGGCUGUACACGCGCGCCUUCAUCUGUAACACCACCAACCUCACGGCCAGCGACGACGCGCCGCCCCACCGCGGGGGCAGCGGCUCCUCGGAGAAGAAGGACCCCGGCGGCCUCACCCACUCGGGGCUCUGGAGGAUCUGCUGCCUGGAAGGGUUGAAAAGAGGCGUCUGCGUGAAGAUCAACCAUUUCCCGGAGGACACGGACUACGAUCAUGACAGCGCGGAGUAUCUGCUCCGGGUCGUGCGGGCCUCCAGCAUCUUCCCCAUCCUCAGUGCCAUCCUGCUGCUGCUCGGGGGCGUGUGCGUGGCGGCCUCCCGGGUCUAUAAAUCCAAGAGGAACAUCAUUCUGGGCGCAGGGAUCCUGUUCGUGGCAGCAGGCCUGAGCAACAUCAUCGGCGUGAUCGUGUACAUCUCGGCCAACGCGGGCGAGCCGGGCCCGAAGCGGGACGAGGAGAAGAAGAACCACUACUCGUACGGCUGGUCCUUCUACUUCGGCGGGCUGUCGUUCAUCCUGGCCGAGGUGAUCGGCGUGCUGGCCGUCAACAUCUACAUCGAGCGCAGCCGCGAGGCGCACUGCCAGUCUCGCUCGGACCUGCUCAAGGCCGGCGGGGGCGCGGGCGGCAGUGGCGGGAGCGGCCCCUCGGCCAUCCUCCGUCUGCCCAGUUACCGCUUCCGCUACCGCCGCCGCUCCCGCUCUAGCUCCCGCUCCAGCGAGCCGUCGCCGUCGCGGGAUGCGUCUCCCGGCGGCGCCGGGGGCCCGGGCUUCGCCUCCACGGACAUCUCCAUGUACACGCUCAGCCGCGACCCGUCCAAGGGCAGCGUGGCCGCGGGGCUGGCGGGGGCCGGCGGCGGCGGCGGCGGCGGUGGCGGCGGCGGCGGCGGUGGUGGUGGUGGUGGUGGCGGCGGCGCCGGCGGCGGCGGCGGGGCGUACAGCGGCGCGGGCGCAGGCGCGGGCGGCGGCGGGGCGGGCGCCGAGCGGGACCGCGGGGGCGCGCCCGGCUUCCUCACGCUGCACAACGCCUUCCCUAAGGAGGCGGGCGGCGGCGUCACGGUCACGGUCACAGGGCCGCCCGCCGCGCCCGCCCCGCCCGCCCCCGCGCCCGCCGCGCCAGCCCCCGGGACCCUGGCCAAGGAGGCCGCCGCCUCCAACACCAACACGCUCAACAGGAAAACCACGCCGGUGUAGGGGCGCGCGCCGGGGGGCGCCGAGGGGGCGUGUCUGGGGCGCGUGCGCGGGCGCGCGUGCAACGAGGCUGCCGUGGGGGCGGGGGCGCCCCUCCCUCCCCGCGAGCGCGCUGGAGACUGCUUGGCCUUCCCCCGCGCCCCGCGCUCGGAUCGGGGACCCCCACCGGGUGGAGGCCGUUGGGAGGGGGCGUCGUGUUUUAUUUUUUGGGGGGGAUGGGGGGUGGGGGGAGGGCCGUGGAGUUUUUUUGCAGUUUUGAGAUGUUUUCUUUUUAAUGUUUUGCUGUGUGCAUGUGGGGGCGGGGCGGGGGGGAGGGAGGGACUCCCAGCCCAGCCCAACUCCUGGAGAGGGGCCCAUAACACACGAAUAUAUAGUUAUCCUACAAACUAUAUAUAUGCCCUAUGUGAAGAGGCAGAAAGGUAAAGAGAAGGCUUGCAGAAAGGCAAGGUAACAAGGAAUGGACGUGCUCAUUCAUUCACUUUUUCAUUCAUUAUUCCACAAGGGUUUAUUGAGUGCCUCUUAUGCACCAGGAAGGUCCUGGGGAGGGAACAUAAUGGCCACAGAGGGUGACUCGUUCAUUCGUUAUCUGAAAUCCAUUGGUAUACUUAAGCAUUAGGCAUUGGGGUAGCCGCUGAGCCUACAGAAGGAAGACAGCGUUCCCCAAUGUCCUCAUAGAGUUUGCAUCUUGUGCAAGAGAGACAUUCAUCAAAGAACUGUAUAUACAAAGAGUAAGUUAUGGUUAGAACCCAGGAGAAAUCUGAAAUGCUUUGACUUGCUCUGUUAGGGAGAUGUAACCCAAUUUAAAAGUUAGGAAUAUUUUAGCUGACAUUGAAAGGAUGACAAGACACCAGCCGGGUGAAGCUGGGGAAGUGUCUCAGCCAGGUAGCAGCAUAUGCAAAGGCCCUGGGGCAGGAAGAGCUUCCAGGGAGGGCCUAAGUGUAGCAAGCCAGGUGCAGAUGGGACAAGACAAAGCUGGAGAGGUAGACACAGCUUGACUGCCCAGGGACUUGUAGGUUAGGUCAGAAGUUUGGAUUUCAUUCUGAGGGCAGCAGGGAGCCAUGGAAUGGCUUUAAACAGGAGCACAAUGUGAAUAGGGCACAAAAGGGAGGCCAGAAAUCAAAGAGGAGAGUGAGAGGCAGAGGCAGGCUGAAAUUCAGCAUCAAACACAGGCCCUGGUCCUUGAAACUUCCAUUCCUGGGAGGAAGCAGGUAAUCACAAAAUCCUAGAGCACAGCAAGGCAUCUGGUGUACAGGAGAAGCCCUGUCUCUGUGGGACUUAGACAUUUGUGUCUCAUUCAUGCAUUAAUUCAGCCAUUCACUCAUUGACAUUUCUGUGCCUCUGCUAACAUACCAGGUAGUGUGUGUUGGGAUCAGGGUCCCCCAAGAUGAAACAGACCGUUCCCUUGCUCCCGAGGUGGAGUCGUCAAAAACCGUAUUGUGGGCAGGGUGAUUGGUGCUGUGACAGGGACUAUGAUGGACACUUGAAUGGAGAACACAGUGACUGAGCUCCAGCAGUCAGCUGUACUCUGGGAAACUUCCCGGAGAACCUAAUCCCAGCCGAAGUUUAAGAAGGAUGCAUAGGAACCUUUCAAGUGACAAAGGGGGCGACCCAGGCAUGGGCCAGGGGGAGAGACAUGGCACUCUGUAUUUGGGACAGGGUUCAAAGUUCUGGGACAUCGCAGGCCUGGGUAGGGUCAGAGGUCAGGUCAGAGAAGGAGCUAGAGGCCAGAGCUGAAAGGUGCUGGAGUGCCAGGUGAAGGAGUUUGGGCUUUAUUCUGAGGGCAGUGAGGAGAAACGGGAGUUUUGAGCAGCAGAAGUCCAGGACUGGAUUGCGUGUUAGAAGGAGCCACUUGGGAAAGUGGUGAAAGAGGCUGAUGCUCUGGGAUAGGGGAGAAGAGGGCCACAGGUGAGCUGAGCAAGGGCUGUGGGGGUGGAGGGGAUGGAUUCAAAGGCCACCGGGGAUGCAGAAGGGACGUUGCUUCAUGGAUGUCCCUUCAUUUGCUCAGUAAAUAUUUCCUCUGUGCCAGGCCCUGAGCCUGACCAUACUGGGGGAUGGAGAUGCUUUAGACACUGCCCAGCCCUCUAGGGCUCCCAGUCUGGUGGGAAGAAAGCCUGGGACAUGGAGGGGGAGGAAGCAGUCAUUGGUGGUGCCAGGGGCUUCAGCAGCCUCUGUUCUGAUGACAGGAGGCAGCCAAGGGAGGGAUGGGAUCAGACUGGGUGUUGGGAGUUCCCCUUGGGGGCCCUAUGGGUGGACUAGAAACAGGGAGAACCUGGAGGGCAGGGAACCAGGGAGGAAUUCCCUGGGAGCAGUUUUAGGGAGAGUGGGUAGAAAAUAUGGGGGAAGGACUACAGGACAGAGUGUACAGAAGCUCAAUGGAGAGACAGAACACGGAGAGGCAGAGUCCAGAGAGACAAGAUGGGUGGGAGGGGGGAUUCCUUGGUGGAGGAGGGGGUAGAACUGGUUGGGGGGGGGGCGUGGAUUCUAGAGUCCAAAGGCCAAAUAUAGAGCAAGAAAGAGGUGAAGGAUGGGGGAGAUGAAGAGGAGUGGAGAGACGGGAAGAGCGGGGUUGAGGGAGGGGAUGUAAGAGUCCCAGAGCCAGGGAAAGUUGAAGACCCUGAGGGUGAGCAGAUGUGGAGAGAGAGGGGAGCAGAGGUGCACAUGUCAGAGCAUGGAUGUCUCAGAGGUACACAAAACUAAACAGAGACAGAGAGGUGGAACCAUAGAGACGGAUCCAGAGAUCUGCCCCAAAGCAAGCAUGGAGACAGGAUAGGAAUGACCCACUUUUGUUUGUGUUCAGGAUUAGAAUGCAAGAAGUAUUUAUCAAGUGCCAAACUGUUCUGGACCCAGGCUAGGCCUACGGAAUGUGGUGGGCAGACGGUCAAGGUCCUGCCCUCUGGGAUCCUUGGGAGAGACCAACGAUAAACCCCGUGGUUACCAAGAGGUGAAUUAACACUAUCCAGGGUGUGGUGACAGUGAUGGGACACGGGACUUCAGGCCUCACUGCAGUGGUGACAUUUGAACAGAUAUGGGACUUGUCACAUGGAAAGAGGACAGGACAAGCAUUCAGGCCACCCAAGGUGGCACGGGAGGUUUGGGAGGAGACCUCGUGGCAGGCUGGUUAACAGGGGUGAACACAGUAGGGCAAGGUCAGGGCAUAGGCUAGGUGCCCAUCCUGUAGUCCUGGGAAGAAAUUUGCAUUUUAGGAAGCCUGAGUGACAGAAAGAGGAAUUCUUAAUCGGACUUGCACAGCACCGAGCUGUGGUGUGUUGCUUGGAAAGGGGUCCUGGAACAAGGAAUCAGGAUUUGGGUGGGAGGGACCAGGCGUCCUUCUUUGGACAUGUCAAGUUACAGAUGCCUGCCUGAAAUCCAAUUCAGGGUAUCGGGUAACCCGCUGGAUAUGUGAGCUUCAGGGAGAAGCAAUGGCUGGUGAUAUAAGUUUUGGAAAGGUCGGCAUACAGGAGACAUUGAAGCCACGGGGCUGCCCUGAGUGGGGGAGGGGGUGCCUAGAGGGAGAAUGCCGACAGAGAGGUGACCCUGGCUAGAGGCUCAGGGUCAUCUGUGUGGGGGAGAAGAGGAUGUAGCAAACGAAGCCCUGGGGGAGGAGGUGACCAUGGGCUAGGCAGUGGCCAGUGGGACUGAGAACUGCAGAGAAAGCCCAGAAGCCAGAGGAUGGCGAGGUCUGGCCUGGUAAGAGGUCAUUUCAGUGCAAUGGUUGAGACCAGAAGAAGGGAAAGGGGCAAGCCACUUUUCAGCAUGAAAAUUACAAGGGCUUUCAUACCAAAGGAAGUUCACACUCUUUUUGGGAAAAGACAGCAAGGGGAGACAGGAGAGAACUGUGCACUCCCACGUGGUUUAGCGAGGGUGAGAUGCAGACCAGGGGAUU